AAAAGAAACGCGUGGAUGGCUCAUGUCUGCGCUGCCGGCUGCGAUGUUCAACGUGGGGACGUCCCGUCCGGCCCCAAACUUAUCAUGUUUUGCACUUUGAAUACACAUAGAAUUGACAUGGACAAGCUCUUAGGAGGGCAAAUUGGCCUUGAAGAUUUCAUAUUUGCACACAUAAAAGGACCAAAAAAGGAAGUGGAUAUUCUUAAAUCCGAAGAAUCACUCGGGCUUACGAUUACAGACAAUGGAACUGGCUGUGCCUUCAUAAAGCGUAUUAAAGAAGGCAGCCUUAUUGACCAAAUCAAAAUGGUAUGUGUGGGUGAUCAUAUAGAAUCUAUAAAUGGGAAAAAUGUGGUGGGUUAUCGUCAUUAUGAAGUUGCCAAGCUACUAAAAGCACUGGAGAAAGGACAGACAUUUAAGCUACAGUUGAUAGAGCCUAUGAAAGCAUUUGAAAUGAUUGAACCAAGGCUUAAAGGUGGAAAUCUAUCAGAGACUAAAAUCUCAAGGGGAAGAGAAACACUUCGACUGAGAUCUAAAGGCCCCGCCACUCUGGAGGAAAUGCCCUCUGAUGUUGAAGAAAAAGCAAUAAAGAAAGUUGAUGACCUUCUUGAAAUGUAUAUGGGAAUACGAGAUAUUGAGUUAGCUGCCACAAUGGUAGAAGCUGGAAGAGACAAAAAAAAUCCAGAUGAAUUUGCAGUGGCACUUGAUGAAGCUCUGGGAGACUUUGCAUUUCCAGACGAGUUUGUCUUUGAUGUAUGGGGAGCCAUAGGUGAUGCUAAGGAAGGACGAUUUUAAUGAGAAUUGUUCAUUAAUCCUUGUUUGAAGGUAGCAGGUUUUUAAAGAAGUAUUAGAACAGAAUUGAAAUAGCUUGAUUGAUGUCAACUCUGAACUAAGUUUGUAUAUAUUUAAAAUAUUUCUCCUGAAAAUCUUUUGCAAAGAAUAUUUUUUGGGUAUGCAUUUUGAAAAAUCUUGGUAUACUGUCUCAAUUAACUGAAAGCUACACAUCUGAAAAAAUAUUUUAUGUACUUUCAUAGAUUAAUAUGUGGGGCAGUUUAAGGAUACACUUCGCAUUCCAUGAAAAUUGAUCUUGUAUUUUGUUUUCCAGACAUGUAGCAUAAUACCAAUACUUUGAAACUCUGCGAAGGUAUUAGCUACACUAGCUGUAGAAGUUGGUUGAUUUUUAUCUUUUUUAAUGAAAAGACUUACAAAACUUGAUAAAAUAAAAAAAAAAUACUUGACUAUUGUAAUGCAAUUAUGCUUUCUUUUCUCAUGUACAUUUUGUUGAUACAAGUCUGUGAUACUGUUAGACGUGGAAAAGUUGCCUUUAUUAAAGAAAAUUGCGUAGCAACUAAACUUUCUGUGUAGGGGUUAGGUUAAGAAAAAACAUUUUUCUGAGACACUUUGUUUGAAACCAAUUUGAUUUUAAUGUGGUGUACAACAUAUAAUGCCUAAUCUGUUGCUGGGUGGAAAGAUUCAUUAGAAAUGUUUAAAACAAGAUCAUGAGCUGCUACUUAAUUUCUUUGCCAUAUUGUUGUAUAAAAGGUCUCUGAUCAGCUAAAGAAUAAACAAAAGUUAGUUGCUUCUAUUUUAUACACCGUUAUGCAUAAUGGCAGUGAUCUGGUGCUGAGUGCUGUACCCUAUGACUAGUCAUGGACUUGUUUAACUUAGUAUGAGCACUUUGUUGAAUAAAGGCCUUAGUUUCCUUUUUUUGCUUGUAUGCAUCUUUCAUGUAGCAAUAUGGGAAAGACAUUUAAAAACAUCUCAAAAAAGGUAGAAAAAAGGGCAAAGUGAAUAAAAACAUUUUCAUGGAACCUCAAUUUUUUUAAACUUCUUUUUUUGGUUAUUGCUUGAACUUCGUGUUGAAAGUAUGUCCUUUUAAAAACACAAUUAUUUCUUACACAUCACUAAUAAAAUCUCAUACUAUUAAUAAUGAUUUUUCUAAAUGACCUAAAUUUAUCCAUUUGUUUUAACAAUUUUCUGUUCAAAUAAUGGAUUCAGUUUUAGUUUUGCGUACAAUUGGUUUCAUUUUCAGAUGCUUAGUGUAACUUCUGUUGGGUUUAAAAAAGGAAGAAAGCUGUUUGUUUUAGAAACAGCUUUCUCAUCACAUUUUUAAAAUGUGUUAGUUUGUAUGUUGAUCUUAAAACAUAUAAAAGAUUGUUUUACACCAUUUAAAUUUGGGCCUGUUGGCAGGUGACCUUAUCCUUUUAAGACCAACCAGGAAGAGAAUGUGGGACCCGAGCUGUGCAAAUACUAUGUACUUUCAUGUGCUCGUAAAAUAAUUGUUAUUCCAAAAAUGAUAUUUUCUAAAUUAUGAUUUUUUUUCUUAACCCUCUCCCCUUUUUCCCACUGUGAACUGACUGUGGAAAAGGUUCUUUUGCUAUCUUACUGACACAGGUUGGUAUAAAUAUGGGUUAUAACAAAUUCUUAUGUAUACAUGCUAAUGACUUAUAUCAUUUUUAUGCAUCACAUUUUUUAAUAAAAAUAUAAGAUGUUCCAAAAACUACAAUGCCUGAUGUUGGGAGGUGACUUGUAGCUCUCUGUUAAAAAGUGAAAGGGAAGUAAAUGAUAAAGAUGAUUCAUUUAGCUUCUAGGCUAGUUUCUUUCAAUCUUUUUUUCAUUUGUGGACCCCUAAAAUUUUUCUAAUGGAGGUGCAGACCCCUUUGAAUAGUAAGUAUGGGUAUUCACAUGCUUUUGAUUGAUCAUAGUCAUCUUUUGUGGACCCCUUAGA